CGAACCCGAAGAGACCUCUAAAGCAUGGCGCCUCACAUAGAGCGCGCCUAGAAUUACCGGAACUCUCACGUGCUCGCAAAGAUAAGACCUGGCAAAAGCGACAGCCCAUUCUGUCAGCUGGAUCCGAAGAAGGAGACGGAGUAGAAGGCCUAGGUGAGCGAAGGAGAGACGAAAAUGUGGGCCGUCGUUGCUGGCAUCGGCACUCUCCAAAGCCAGGACGUCGUGAAGAAGAUCCUCAAAGAUGAUCAAGAACGACUUUCGAAGGGUGUUACUUUCUACCUGCCUUCCAAAGGAGAAUCCGUUGAGACGCUGAAGAAGAGGGAGAAGAUCGGUACAAGACAAGCCGAGUUUCUGAAGAAAUGCAGUGCCUUCCUUAACUUGGAGGAGCACCAAUGUUGGCAGUUAUUUUGUGACUUCCUGGUGAAUGGGUAUCGUGGAUCCACAGACACCCUGCAACAUGUGUUGGCAUCAGAACAACACACACAAAACCUUCUUUAUUGCUUACUCAGCUACUACUAUCAUGAACGACUCACGUUGUUACUCAUCAUCAAGCAUGUUCUUGCCCACAGCACUGAUGAAUCCCAUCCAUACCAGAGCCUUUACAAAGAAGUGAAGAAGGAAUGUUUCUCAUGCGCAACAUUUUUGGAAACGAUGAUAGAACAGCUGGAAGCUCUCAUCAAAGAAGUUCCUCCCCAAAAGCAGAAAACUGACCAGACCCUUUGGCCUUGGUUCAACUUGAGACUAAUUUCAGAGUCACUGCAGAUUCUGCUGCUCAUGUUUGUUCGACCAGAGUACCGACAUGGAGGAACACAGAAGCACCUCCUUCGUCUUCUCAAGAUCUUCCAGCAUCAUAGUUUUGGAGCUCGGGGUGACCCCUCAUGGGGACUACGGCUGGACAUGUGGAGACCUCUGUCUGAUGCCAUUGGGUUCCUUGAAGCUCUCAUCCUCCUCCAGCUUUUGCAACUUGAGCAUCUACGUGAUUCAGAUGGGAAAUUUCAACGGCAUCCAAUGACACAAGAAGUUCAGUUGUGGGACAAGAUCAGAAAAAGCCUGGAGAGCCUGGGUGGGAUCCCAUGUCAUGUCAUUCCUCUCUUGGGUUGUGUAUUGGUCUCCUUCUCGGCACACGGGACGGAGUCAUCAGCAGUGGGAAAAGUAGCCCGGGCCUUGAUAUAUGCACUAGUGAAUGAGCUCCUAGCUUGCUUUCAUGAGGACUCCCUGGGAAGCCUACUAGAAUUGGCCCAAGUGUUUGCAGCACUUCUCUCCUCACCCAACUUGGCAGAGGAUUUCUGGAGGGUUUUGCGGGAUGAAAGUGCUGGCACGGCAGAGGGAGAGAGUCUUGGUGCAGGCUUUGAGAACUUCAUGUCCUUGUUCCCUUAUCACUUUCAGCCCCUCAUCAUAACCCUGGAAGCUUUGGCCUCCAGUGGCACACAAUCUGCUCACCGUGUCAUCAGCCUGAUGCAGAAGUUGCCCUGUAUGGCCCAGUCUUUCUUGACUGUGCCGGCUGCCUCCAUCAUCCCUGUUGUCGGAGAGAGACGACAAUGGGAGAUCCGAGAUGCCUUGUCCCCUUACCCUGGUUGCCGUGGCAUGUCUCUUCCUCCUGGAAUACAAGGAGAUAUCCCUGAACAUUGUGCCUCCCUUGCUAAUCCUCCCAUCAUCUGGCAUGCAACUGUCAAUGGCUGGCAGAUCCUCCUCUGUGAAAUCCAGGCACUCAUCCAACAGACUGCUUUGCAUCCCGAGUCCUCCUUUGGAGCUUCUGGCACACAUUCUCCAUAUUUUGUCAGUGGAGGAAGUGAAGGGACAAGGUCUAGUGUGGAUGAGGGGCUCACCCCAUGCACUUGGCUUCCCCAUUUUGCCCACUUCCGCCCCCCUCCAGCAAGGCAUUUUGGAGAGGGUGGUUUUUGGCACAGAGACCCAAGUGCCAUUUUGGAAGAAGCAACCCAUGGAGGUGUGGCAUUCAUUCUUGAAAAGGUGUUCCCAUCCUUCCAUGAAUGGCACUUUGAGGAAGCAAGGGAACAGGGAAAGAUGGGGAUGCUUUGCCUGUCCCUCUGUCUGAAGCUGUUGAAAUGGGUAGAGGAGCAAAGGACUCCCAUCCAUCCUCCACAUCGCAUUGUCCUUCAGGCCCUCCUGCAGGGACGUGCUUCUCACACCCUCCUACGCAUACUGUCUACUAAUGAUGUAGUCCUGGAACGGGCAUUUGAAGAGCAGAGUGAUUGGGAGCAUGGGAAAGGGGUAGAUCUGAUGCAACUUCUUGAGAUGGCUCUUCGAGUCCUAUCGUCCCUUAUCUCCAUCCGGCUUUUGCUCACCAAGAAGAUCUUGGUUGUGGAAGGGGUGGACUUGUCUGCAAAUCAGAUACCCCUGGAUGCAGUGCUCUGCCUUCAACCUGAGACAGGGGAAUUGCCUCCUUUGCCCCUUGGGAUAGCCAGAUAUCUCUAUCAUCGAAUCCAUCCUGUUCUCCCCACUCUUGCCCUUGAGACUCUUACCCACAUAGCCAGAGCCUAUCCUAUGUCUCUGCUGGCUUGCCUGGGUGCCCAGGCCUCCAUCAUCAGGGACCAGUUCCUCAGGCGUAUCACAUCUCAGUCGGAGGACAUCCAGUUGCGCAUCUGUGGUCUGGAGUUCCUGACUACCUGUGUUGCCUUGCAACCUGGUCUUCUCCAAAUCUUUCUGCAGGUGGAUUCUGAGGAUUCCAUCUAUCCUCUGCUCAAAGGCAUUCUUGCACAGCUGGCACAGGGAGAAGGAGAAUGUUCACAGAACUUAGCUCUUGGAGCUCUGAAGCUUCUCAGUGCAUUCUGGUCCCACAGUCGCAUUGUUCCUGUUCAGACCCUCCAAGAAGAUUCAGACUUCUGGCCCAAUGUCACUGCAAUUUUUGCAUCAGACCCCAGACUAGAUGGGGCCUCCCAUUCCCUCAUGGCUGCCUCUGUCUUCACUAUUGUUGGCAUGGAGUUGUACUUGCGAAAUGAAGCUCUCAACACUCAAAUGGCUGACCAGCUCAAAGCUCUUCUCAAAGAACACCUCCUUAAGUGGUCACAGGCCAUAUUGAGGCAGUGCACAUUGGAACUCUCCAGUGGAGACCUGGCACUCCUUACAGCCUGGAAGAACUUCCUCCUUCAAGUCUUGUGUCAAGGAAAUGAAGGGAAAUUGAAAGAUGUCACUGGGCUACCCAACUGGGCAGGGAUCCUCAGUGACAUCUUGGAAUCUCUGGCUGCCUUACUCAAAAGCAUGAAGGAGGGGUGCAUGUCCAUCCGGGCUCCACGAGCAGCAACACAUUUAGCCCUUGCAGGACUUCUCAUUCUCUCUUCAAAAGAGGGGAAGAAGAAUUGCUUGAAAAGAGGAGACAUGAUUUGCAGCAUCCUUAAGGACACUUCUGAGCUGUCCCUGGAACUUCUAUCAGAAGUAUCCUCUCCAAUCCUCAGCCUUGCAUGCCAGGCUUUGUCCUUCAUUCCAGGUGAUAUAGUAAGAGAGAAGAAGAAACAAUGUGAGAUCUUUGAGGCUGUGGGUGUAAUCCUAUGCCGGCACAUGGGCACCCUUUUUGACACCCUGGCGCAAGGGAAAGGUGUGGAUGAAGAGACCAACCGGGUAUCUUUGGCUGCUAGUCUUCUGUCUGGACUCCUUCGCUUGAGUGGAAAUGACCUAGACACCCAAGUCAAUCUCAUCUUCUCCAAGCAGUCCCUCCUCUAUGCCAUCCUCACUAUUAUCAAAGAAAUGCUCAAGGUGGAAGGGAAGAUGAAGGAAGAAUGGAAGGAUGGUCUGUCAUCCCUUGUGGCCAUCUCAUACCAUCUCCUCUCCUGUCACAAGAUGAGCUUCUCAGAGGUGCUCACUUUUGCAGCUGUGUUUCAAGAUGUUCUUGCUUCCCUGCUCAAUCAGCUGGAUGUGGGAAACUUGAAGCUCACCCUUGCUAUCACAUCUUUCCUCAGCCUGCUCAGCAACCACAAAGCGCAGUGGUGGCGUGAACAUCCCCUCUGCCUAGACAACUUACUUAGAGAAGUAGGAGUGUGUGUGGAAAGAUGUGUUGUUUACCUCCUGCACCCUGGAGUACUGCAGAUGGCCAUAGGAGACAAUGUUGAUGAGAAGGGGAGGAUUCGAAGCAUGAGUGCAGGGAGCACCAGCUCUUCUGCACCAUUUCAGCCGCUAGAGAUGGAAGGCUCUGACCCACUUCGUCACUGGUCACCUAAACUCCUCUCCACCAUGCAGCAACUGUUCAUGGUCUUGAGUGCUGGAUUGAGUGCUUUGAGGAAAUUUGGUCCCUCUCUGGAAGACUUUCUGGGAAGACUAGUGCUUGAGGAUGUGUCACAAUGGGUUCCCAUCCUCUCUACCUCAUUUGCUACACCUUCUCUAAGCUGGGACUCUUCUGAUGGUGUCACAGGUGACACCUCUUUGUCAUUUGGUACUAUCCUGGGUGCUGCCACUGCUUGCAUCCGUGUUCUUCCCAAGUGCACUGCAGAAGGAGUAGAAGGAGAGAUGAGAGGAAGGGUUGUAGUCUCUGUUUUGGAGCAGAGUCUCUCUCUUGCACUCUCUCAGGCUCUUCUCAUCCUUUCCUCUCCCAAUCAGUCCAGUGAUGAUCAGCAGUUCAUUUGCAGGGAGCUUGGAGCAGAACUGAAUUCGAUUCGGAGCAGCCUGGAGCGCUAUGUGAGACGAAGCCUAAUGUCCCCAAAGAGAAGUCCUGUGCCAUCAGGUCACUCUCCCAUGACCUUGCCAAUUGCAACUCAGGAUCUCCUCAAUGUCAUCUACCAAGUGUCUGUCAACACUUUCAAGUGAUCUUUUCAUGUUCAUCUCUUGUGAUAAUGUCACCCACUGCAGGGCUUUGAAUAAAAGGACAGUCAAGGG